UCUAUGCUCGACAUAGUAUAUAAACACACCUGUGUUGAAUUGAACAAUUUAAAAGAAUGGGUCGAAAUAGAAGCCAGGUAAUGAUUUUGAUAUGGGUUUUUUCGUCAAUGUGGUUGACAAUCGCUACCUCUGACAGUAGCGCGUGCACAUCUAAGCCUCGAUCAUGCAAGGAUAUUCUUCUGAGGAACACUGGAAGCAAUAGUGGGCAAUAUAAAAUCUACACAGAUGACGGAAAAACAGUUGACGUCUUCUGCGAGUUCACUUCAGUCUCUCAUGGCUACACAUACCUUAAGGACUUCCCGGGAAAUUCUUUUGUCCUGAGCAACAUCCUUUCAACCACCAAUCAUGUUAAAGUUAUCCAUCUACGGACGUCCGGGAAAAGAUAUAGCACAAGAAUGGAAGAGCUCGAUCGUUAUCAGAAAAAUUAUUCGUUGAGUCUUCAGUUAAAUAAAAACGAGGGCUUCAACUCACCUUUGAAUGCCCCUUUUCUUGGAAAAUUUAUUUACGUGGGGUUCCUUCCCAGAUCAAUUGCUGCCAAUCGUAAUACCCAGGGAUACAGAGCCGGUUCUAGAAAUUGGGAAUUCAGAAAUUGUGAUGCAAAUCCUAACUCGUACAUUGCCUUUUUCUACAACAAUUCUCCAUUGACAACUCACAGCUACCACAAACGAUGUUGUUAUAACGCUUACAUGAGAAAAUGGAUAGAUGUGUCUACGGAAUACACCCUUCCGAUUCCUUCUGAGUAUUUCAGGUUCUUUGAGAUGCACAUGGGGGGAUGUGGAGGGUAUGUUGUCCCAAAAUUUAAUACAUUUUCGGACAUUGUGGGAGCCGUGCCUGGAUUUCGAUUCGAUUUGACGUGUAACGAUUUGAUAUGUCCUAAUGGCGGAUCGUGUACCAUGAAGAAUGGAAGACCUGUUUGUUUAUGUCCGUCUGGAUAUACAGGUUCCCAAUGCAAAGACAAAGUUCCUCAUUCCUGUAAAGACAUUGCUUUCUCGCGAGGUCACGUCACUGGAGAACACACCAUUUUUAAUAGAGAGAACAGCCCAUACAAGGUUUUCUGUGAAUUUCAUCAGACGUAUGGCUACACGUUCGUAUCAAACACUCACGUAUCCCUCAACGUUGAUGAUUUGUUUGAAAUCAAAUCUCACGUGUUGGUGCGAUAUGUACGAUCGGGUAAGCAAUAUGACUCGAAACUGGGCCAGAUAUCUUCACACGCCGACAAACCUUUAACUAUUCAGUAUAACUCAAAUAUUGGAUUCAAAAGUCCGCUCAACGCAGCCCGGAUGAAACCGUACCUCUAUCUAGGUUUCCUCGAUAUCGUCACAGCAAAGUCCCGGUCUACGCAGGGGUACAACGUCAAUGCCGCGGACCAAACGUUCAGGAACUGCGAUGCCAACCCAAACAGCUACCUAGCAUUCUAUUUCAACAAGCAGAAUAGGGCCCCUGUUGGUUAUUAUAAGAAAUGUUGUUAUACAUCAUUAAUGAAGAAAUGGAUUGACGUAGGUAUACCUGUGAAUCGUGCAAAUUACUUGCCAGAGGCCUACUUCCUUCAGUUCGAGAUGCACAUGGGUGGAUGUGGAGGUUAUGUGGUUAGUGGCUACAAUUCCUUGGCGAAUGUUGGAGGUGCAUCACUGGGAAUGCGUUUUGGUAAGCGAAAAUAUAGAAUCUACAAAUAUAAUUAGAAUGAAGAGAAUUGCAAUGAUAAUAAUUAAUAAUGUAAUGUAUAAUGAUGAGAGGAAAAAUAAUAAGGAACGAAAAUAUAAAAAAGAUAUAUUUUAAUUAUAUUCAUUGAGAGACGGAUAUGACCGGUUACCCCCUGAGCACCUGAUCUCACCUCUGGUGUUUACAAGAAUAUGUUUCCUCUGCAAUAAAUUUUGUAAUUUUUAUAGAAUUCAUGAGGUUGGUCACUGUUCGUUAUUUUCAUCUUUUUCAUUUAUACCUUUUUUUUCAGAAUUAUGAAGAAAAGGCACAGCAUGAAGGUGUAAUUCUAGAUUAUUGAAAUGAAAUAAAGCGUUUGUGAAAGUGGAAAAA